AUGCGGACCAAACGUCCGGUACGAGUGGUUCUGGGGUUUGAACCAGCUAAAGCAGAACGCAGUGGAGGCGUUCCUGAAGUGAAGGGUAAUGUGGCCGGGGUGGGAGGAAUGGUCGAAUUUCGUAUGGUCAACAAUGGGGUGGGGGCUAUCGGUGUGGUGGUGUCCGUGGCCCUGGGGUUCGAAGGGGUUGUCGCGACGGUUGUUGCGUCUAUGUAA